UUUGCCAUAUCCUACUAAUGUUCGAGAAAUUCGAAACUUUCUUGGUCAUGCAGGUUUUUAUAGACGCUUCAUUAAGGAUUUCUCUAAGAUUCUACAAUCUUUAUCUAGGUUGUUGCAACAAGAUAUUGCAUUUGAGUUUGGAGAAGAAUGCAAGAAGGCAUUUGAUAUAUUAAAGGGAGCUCUCACUUCUGCACCUAUUAUUCAACCUCCCAACUGGGAUUUGCCUUUUGAGCUCAUGUGUGAUGCAA